AUGGAUUUCGAAGAAGCCGAAUGGACCACCGAGGAGGACGACGAUGAUUACGUCGAAGAAGAAAUCAUCAUGGUGGAAGGGGAAGCUGAUGAUGAAUUAUUCUUCGAAGAGGAAAAUGUGGAUUCUGGAAUUGAAGUCAGUGCUGAAACCGUUGCAGCAAUCGAGAACGUCUUGGAAAACCGGAAGAAUCCAAACAAAUUCGUUAUCCUGCAGGGUCCCACCAAGGAGGAAAAGAAAAAGGUGGUAGAAAGACUUCUUGCCAACAGAAAACGGCAGUCGAUAGAGACUUCUUCACCGCAGAAACUUUCCAAAGAGGAAAAGAAGGCUGCAAUUGAAAAAUGGAUCGCAAAACGGAGGCAUGAAGCUAACAAGGAGGCAUUGGCAAAAGCGUAUGCGAGGCGGAGACAUCUGGCCAGGACGGUUUCGCCAAAAGAACCUUCGAAAGAGGCCAAGAAAGCGGCACUCGAAAAAUUGUAUAGGAAACGGGGGAGUAGGACGAAGAAAUCUGUACCUCACGAUGCCUCAACAGACGCAAAGAGGGCGUUGUUGGAAUCGUUGUAUGCUAGCCGGAGGAGGAGGAGGCCAAAGAAGGGUGCUAUCGAUGGGUCACAUACAUCAGCGAAAAAGGAAGAACUCGAAAGAUUCUAUGCCAGAUGGAAGACGAGUUCCAAACAGCGUGUUCCGCACGAUGCCUCCUUAGCAGCCAAGAUGGCGGUACUAGAAAGCUUCUAUGCCGAACAACUGAGUAAACCCACUCUGAAUGUUCCGAAUGACCCGACGAUCGAAAAAAGGAGUUCAGUGAUCGAAAAGGUACCUGUCAAACGAAAGAGCGAGACCAGAAAGGAUAAAUAUCUGCGAGGAGAAUCUUUCUCUGCUUCUACAGAUGAGCUCAACGAAGCUGGAGUGAAGAAGGCAGAGCUGGGCACACGAAAAAUAUCAUCGUCAAGCGUCGAAGAGAUUCUCAAGAGAAUGGCAUCGUCGUCGGAUGACACUAUUGAUGUGGAAGGGGAGUUGCUGCGAAAAAUCAAGGAAGCUGAAGACGUUCAACAAAAAUUGGAACGACAGCUCGCAGCCAGCGGGGUAGUGGUUGCAGAAGAUAUUGACUAUGGUGUAUGCAUGCGAAAAGUAGCUGUGAUUGGAAGCCGAAUGACAGAAAUUGGUAGCGCCUAUGCGGUCCAUUCAGACAAGAAGAAGCAAGAUGCACUACGACUUGAAUACUUCAAAUUAGAGCAAGAUAUGGCAAAGUAUAGCAAUGCCAUGUUUUAUUGCGACGAAUACCAAGCGGAACAAGCCCAAAGGAAUCGUGAAUGGGAAGCAGAGAAUCACAAGGCAAACGUGGAAGCAUUGCGAAGAGUCUGA